AUGGACAUGAACCCGUGGCUGCCCGCCGCGCCCGGCCGCCACGGCUACAUGCAGGUCGGCUUCGAGCAGGACCUCAAGCUCCUCCUCGACGGCGAGAGCCAGCACGUCUUCGUCGGCGCCGCGCGCUGGUUCUUCUACUGCGGCGAGUACCGCAUCCGGCGCGUGGACGACCUCACGCUCGAGGAGUGGAACAUGCUGCCGUUACCGACAAAGGUCGUGUACGCGGAACACACGUUGACCAAGAAGCUGGCGAGCGAAAACGUCACGAUCCAGCACGUGCUGGAGCGCUACGAGAUCGGCGACCUCAGGCUGCCCUGCGUGCAGCUCGAGUGCAUUGGCUUCGAUAUGGCCUUCUACAAGGCCAUCGUCGACGACAAUGUCCGCCAUAGGCGCUACAGCGGCCCACCUACCAUAUCGCUCCCCAAGGCCGGAUCAAGAAAGAAGCGCAAAGUCGGGGUCGAAGAGGUGCAUGACGAGGACGCGGAUGAGUGA